AUGGAGAACAUAUCACUUGACAAUUUUGGAGAAAACUUCAGCUUCCGGGCCGAGAACGUACACAUCAAUGGCUUCGUAUCGAAGCAGGGUGUGGCGAACUUUCUGGGAAUCCCUUAUGCCCAAUUUCCAGCUCGAUUCCGAACAGCGAGGCUGAUCGAUCUUGGUCUCCUCCGAGGACAGCUGGAUGCGUCACGAUAUGGGCCUCGCUGCCCGCAAAAGACCGACAAUAUCCACCCCAUGAUGCAUCAUAUGUUUGAGAAACUGUCAAUGUCUCAGAGGUGCGACGAGACCACUUGCCUGCACCUCAAUAUAUAUACUCCACCACUGUCGGUAGGCGUCCCAGAGCACUCAGAUUUACCGGUCUUUAUGUGGAUCCAUGGAGGAGGGUUCAAUAACGGGGACAACACGACCGAGUUUAAUGGUAACCACCUUGUGAGAAGGUCAAUGGAUCUUGGAAGGCCAAUCAUCAUUGUGACGCUCAAUUACCGCCUUAAUGUUUUUGGCUUCUUGAGCUCGAAAGAGCUUGUACAAGAAGCAAUAUCUCUUGGUGAGACACCGGUUCUGAAUCAAGGACUGAAUGACCAGCGUAUUGGCCUUGAAUGGAUCCAAAGGUCAAUCCACCAUUUUGGUGGAGACCCGUCAAAGGUCACUAUAUCCGGCGAGUCUGCAGGAGCUGCAUCGAUCUUCUGCCAUCUGAGAGGCGGCCACGCGCUCUUCCAGCAAGCUUUGAUUCAGUCGAGUCCUAGGCCUCGUUUGAGGACGCUUGAGGAGGCACAAGCUGUGUUCGAUCAACUUGCCCGAUCCGCAGGUAUAGCAAGCCAUGCGACAAGCACUGAAAAACUGGCUGGCUUGCGGGCCUUGUCCCCAGACCAGCUUCUUGAACUGUUCGACGGCAGCGUUUCGCUGCCUCUUGAGGACUCCAGUUGGUUUGAGCAUGAGGAUCAGCACAGAAAAAGCGGGCCAACAGCCUCUUGGGGCGAUAUGCCCAAAUGGUGCUCGAGGAUCAUCAUGGGCCACACAAAGGACGAAGCAGCACUCUUUCUGACACCUUUUCAGAAUCUGCCGGAUGCGGCGCUUGUCGAAUAUGCGCGCAAGCUUGUACCGGGAAUCGAGGAUGACGCUCUUUUCUCCAAGGGCAAAAGCGCUCUGCAGACACUUACUGAAUGGGCGACUGAGGAAACAUUCGUCAAGCCGACAAUGGAAAUGCUCUCGGAGGCGGCUGAUCAGGGCACCACAGUAUAUGCAUAUGAAAUUUCCGUCGUUGACCCCUUUCCAGGUCCACUUCAUGGGUACUCGUGGCACUCUUUUGGUGUACCACUGACCUUUUAUGAGCCUCCGGGACGUGUCCACGCUCACAUCGCAGCGACGCAGGAUAAGAUGUCUACAGCCCACAUUGACUUCAUCCAUGGUCUUGAGCCAUGGGUGGCGUUUAAUGUGGGAAGGCUAAAGAUGCGCUGGGAUGGAGAGCAGACGCGCUUAGAGGACACUUCGGUGGUGGGGAGGGGAGAGGGAAAGGACAAGGGACUGGACAUGCCAUGCAGGACGUCUGCAGAGACAGGGCAAGGGAUUAUUGCCGCGGCCUUGAAGAUGCAGACGUCUUAG